UGCUUUUAUUACAUAAGCGUUACUCAUUAAUAUAGUAGGUUUUAAUGCUGUUGUUCUGCAGCCAUUUUUUAAAUUCAACUGUUAUAGUCACUAUUAAUCUGUGAAUGCCACAUUUUUUACAGCUCCUCAUCUUUAGCUUUUACUUCAUUAUCAUUAUCAUUUUUAGUAUAAUCACAUUUUUAAUAACAAGCUAAUAGGUUGGGCCUCGUCCUUAUGUUGGGUGUGUCAUAGGAUAUAAAGGUAGCCAUAUAUAUUUAAAUAUUUGUAUUUGCAUAAACAACCGUAAUAAAACAAUAUAGUUCCUUCAGUUAAGACUUUUUACAAGUUUCAUGUGCUUGCUAAAUAAUCCAAAGGCAGUUUCACUCAUGUAUUAGGACCAGGCCCACAGUCAGUCUGUUAAUAAUUACUCUUUUUUUUUUUUUAAACAGAACUUGUAGAUUAUCAAAAAAGAAAAUCAACCCAAAUUCUACCAAAGUACACAUAUUGCAUUGUUUGAUUAUAGAUGUGAAAUUAGGACAGAGGGUUCCAUAUAUGUUUAUUUAACCUAUGUCUGAUAAAAUGACUCAGCAAGUCAGAUGUGAAGUAUACCCAGAGCAGUGUUACAGCUCUGCCUUCAUCAUUAUGUUGUGCAUUAAUUCUACUCACUCAGAUUUAAUUUAAGUGUAGCUUUCACAUAGCUUUGGCCAAAUGAUCAUCAUUAUUAUUUGGGUUGAUUUUCUUUUUCUUAUUUGGUGUUUUAACUUUGCCAAGAUUCACAGUUGUAUAAUGCCUGUUAAUGCUUAUUACACUUAUUUCACAGGUGUCAUGCAAAAUUGUUCUGUUUUUUAACAUAACCCAUUUUUCUUCCCUUCGUUCCCACUACUACGUUGACGACGUUUCUUUUGAAGAUGAGAAAAAGUGGAACCGCAAGAACCGGUUUUUAGAUAGCAAGGGUAUGCACUGCGCACAAUGCAGUUGCUCUUAGACACACAGUAACAGGGAUUUUAGAUAGACAGUCAAGUAGUCUUCCACGCAUGGAGAUCUUUUUUUUUCUUGUUUUAUGCUUUUUCUACACCAUUUUCUUUUUAUAUUCGGAUCAAAUCGAAUCCCAAAACCGAAUUUGUGUGUAUUCAGACACACCAUUGGGGUGAAGUGGAGCGCGUUUUCACAGAAGAGACCCCCUCUCUGUAUUUAUUUGUUAUUAAACUGGCAGAACAAAAGGUUCAGGUCCAAGUACCACCCAGAUGAGGCCAGCCGACUUAAGGCAGAGGCUCAGAGUGCCCUGCACAACCGUCUCAAUGUCUUCUUGUUCCUGAUGGAGAACAGCUGGUUUGAUCAUGUCUCCCUGGACAUUGAACAGACACCAGCCAUCAUUAAAGUUCUGGAUGCAGCUGUGAUAAAGAUGGAAGGAGGGACAGAUCACGACCUUCGCAUCCUGGACAUGCCAUCCGAAGAGGAAGAAGACAGGGAGAAGUCAGCAUCUAUCUCUGGGGGUGUUGAACCUUCCAAGAGAGAAGACCUCAAAACCUUGGACGGCGAUCGCAAACCCUCAGUAGAGAAAGAGAAGAAUGAGAAGGAGGAGAAUGAUUCUGCCAACACAGAAAGGGCUGCUGCAGCAGAAGGGGAGGAUGCGAGAGAGGGGGCAGAGAAAGAAGCUGCCAAAGAAGAAAUGCCCGAGCUCAAGAAGCAGAGACGAAAGAGGAAGCGCAGUGGAGACAGUGAUGAUGAAGCCAGUGCCUCAGAGAGCGACUCUGACUCUGAUUCAGACUCCAACUCUAACUGUUCUGACAAACCUGUGAAGAAGGAGGAGGUGGUAGAUAAGGAUGAGGAGGAGGAGGAUGGUGAAGAGGAGAAACAAAAGGAGACCACUGAAGAGGGGAAGAAAGAAGAAAAGAAGCCUAAAGAUGACUCUCCCAGACCACGGCCUCUUCACCGGACCUGCUCUCUCUUCAUGAGGAGUAUUGCUCCCAGUAUUUCCAAGGCUGAGAUUAUCGCUCUUUGCCGGCGAUACCCUUGCUUCCUGCGUGUUUGCUUGUCUGACCCUCAUCCAGAGCGCAGAUUUUUCAGACGCUGCUGGGUAACAUUUGACCGUAGCGUCAAUAUCAAAGAGGUCUGCUGGAACCUUCAGAACAUUCGACUGCGAGACUGUGAACUGGCACCGGGGGUGAACAGGGACCUGGCCCGGAGGGUGCGUAAUGUUAAUGGCAUCACUCAGCACAAGCAGGUGCUCCGCAAUGACAUCAAGCUGGCUGCCAAGCUCAUUCAUGCUUUGGACGAGAAAGGGGAUCUGUGGAGCAACAAGUCCCAGGAUGAGGGGCAGAGCACUGAGUUGCCUGCUCAGAACCCCAUCUUGAAGAAUAUCACAGAUUACCUGAUAGAGGAGGUGAGUGCUGAGGAGGAGGAGCUCCUCGGCUCUGGAAGUGGGAUGGAUCCAGAGGAGAGCACCAAGGAAGGCAACCCUGCAGAGACAACUGUGGAGAGGGAUGACAAACUGGCCAAGGUUUUGGACCGUCUGAUCUUGUAUCUGCGUAUUGUGCAUUCAAUUGACUACUACAACACCUGUGAAUACCCGAGUGAGGAUGAAAUGCCCAAUCGCUGUGGCAUGAUCCAUGUCCGUGGACCCAUCCCACCAAACCGCAUCACACAUGGAGAAGUGCAACAGUGGCAGAAGAUGAUGGAGGAGAAGCUUAGUCCUUUGUUCAGUUUAAAAGAAAUCCUCUCUGAGGAAGAGGCCGUGAAGAUGGGCCGCAAGGAUCCUGAGGAAGAGGUGGAGAAGUUUGUCUCAGCCAACACUCAAGAACUGGGAAAGGACAAAUGGCUUUGCCCGCUAAGUGGCAAAAAAUUUAAGGGCCCAGAGUUUGUACGAAAGCACAUCCUGAACAAACAUGGGGACAAAAUUGAAGAAGUUAAAAAAGAAGUUGUCUUCUUUAACAAUUUCCUGAUGGAUGCCAAGAGACCGUCACUUCCAGAGAUGAAACUUCCUCCUCUUCCAGGCCCAGGUCAAGGUUUGCUUUCUCCCAGCAUGCCAUUUCCUCCUCAAGGUAUUCAGGGUCCGAUGGCCUUUGGACAGCCUCGUCCACCACUGAUGGGUUAUGGCGGUGGACCUCCUUAUCCCCCCAACCAAUAUGGAGGAGGCAGAGGCAACUAUGACAACUUCCGCGGACAAGGUGGCUACCUGGGGAAGCCACGCAACAUUAGAAUGUCACGAGGUGAUCCACGCAACAUCAUUGAAUAUCGCGACCUGGACGCUCCAGAUGAUAUGGACUUCUUUUAGAAGGUUCCCUUGGUCCUUUCUGUGUCCAGUCUUUAGCGGUGUUGUGUUCUGCUCACUUUUUGUAAUAAUUAGAUUAUUUCUUUUCUUAAAAUAUUUCAUUUUGUAAUUAUUGUGCAGCUAGAGCAAACUUCUGCUGUAAACUGGUUCCUCAAUAAAGUUGUGAUUUAAUUACAUUAA